AUGGCGAACAUGACGGCGUUACUGGGCAACACGGUGGAAAUUGACAGCUCGGACUCAGAUUCAGCGCUUGGAGACGAUACAUCGACAUACAACACAUCGAUCGGGUCGAGUAUCCGGCGACAUGAAUGGAAACACGGCCGUCGUUACCACUCCUACCAAGCUGGCACCUAUAAUUUCCCCAACGAUGAACAAGAACAAGACCGACUGGAUAUGAUUCACUACGUGUACUACCGGGCUUUGCAUGAUCGCCUUUUCUUAGCACCCAUUGAUCCAUCUCAAGGUCUUCGUGUUCUUGAUAUUGGCACUGGGACGGGGAUAUGGUCGAUGGAGCUAGGUGACCAAUACCCUGGUGCAAGUGUGAUUUCAGGAAUUGAUCUCAGCCCGAUCCAACCAGCCUGGGUACCUGCAAACGUCAAGUUUCUCAUCGAUGAUGUCGAACUGCCAUGGCCGGAGUCACAAACGUAUGAUUUUAUUCAUUGUCGGUAUAUGGCUGGCUCCAUCAAGGACUGGCCUCAGCUUAUACGGCAAUGUUAUGAACAUCUCGAACCUGGAGGGUGGCUAGAGCUGCAGGAGUCAGCAAACCAGUUGUACUCGGAGGACGGCAGUUUAAAGCCGGACAAUGCCAUUGUCAGGAUGAUGAAUGGCUUGAUGGAGGCAUGUGAGAAGAUUGGUCGCACCAUGGAUCCGGCCCCAUCAAUGAAAAACUGGGUUCAAGAUGCAGGGUUUGUAGAAAUCAAACAAGAGAGUUUUAAACUGCCUGUUGGCAGUUGGCCAAAAGACCCUAGGUUGAAGGAAAUCGGAUUGCUUUUAGGCAUCAAUUUUGUGGAAGGUGUCGAUGCAUUCACAGCAGCACCUUUUAGGGAUGUCUUAGGUUGGUCGGAAGUGGAAGUGCAGGUUUUGAAUGCGAGUGUGAAAAACGCUAUUCGGCAGAAGGAUGCUCACCCACUGUUUGAUUUCCUCGUAACGACGGCGCAAAAGCCAGCAUGA